AUGAGGAAGGAGUUGGACGAGGUCAAGAACACCAUGAAAGGGAAAACAACAAUGAACCUAGAUGGCAUGAUCAAAAGGACUGACUCACCCUUCACAACUAGCGUUCUAGAAUGCCCUUGGCCUCCUAAAUUCCAUUUUCCUCAACUGGAGGUCUAUGAUGGAACCAAAGACCCUCUGGACCAUAUAAGAUCAUUCAAAACACUUCUGAGCCUCCAACAAACCCCAGACGAAGUUAUUUAUAGGACAUUCCCGGCAACCCUUAAGGGAGCAGCAAGGCAAGAAGGAGAGACCCUGAGGGAAUAUGUGAAGCAAUUCAACAAAGUAAUCCUAGAAAUUGACAAGGCUGAUGAGCAGGUGAUAAUAACGACCUUCCAAGCUGGGCUGAACAACCUUAACCUUGUUUUCUCCCAAGGGAAAACUCAUCCAGCCUUGAUGACAGAUCUGUUGUUUAAAGCACAAAAAUACAUGAAUAGAGAAGACGCACUAACGACAAAGGGACUAACGGGCAAACAAAAGAAGGACAAAGGCUUAGAGUCCCAAAGCAAGAAGAAGGAGCGCAAAGAUAGUCAUACGGAAGCUAAGACUAGCAAAAGUAGUCUAAAGGCAUCAUCAAAGAAGAAGUUAAACUUCACCCCUUGGAUAAUGCCUGUGGACAAGAUCCUCAUGCAGAUAAAAGACGACCCUACCUUGAAAUGGCCUAAGCCAUUGAGCUCGUCCUCGAAGCGAAGAGAUCCGAAGAAGUAUUGCCUCUUCCAUAUCGACCAUGGACAUUACACAGACAAGUGCCGAGAUUUGAAAGAACAGAUAGAGGAGUUGAUCUAG